GCGGCUCCGCCCUGCAUGGAGCAAGUAAAGGGCCCCCCAAUCCCUACCAGGAUCGGACAAUAUUACGAAACCCCCAGGCCGCACCCUUGGAGACCCACUUUGGGCUAUGAAACUAUACAGGUUAUGCCUCUUCCCGCCACUCCCCUAACAUCCGACAUGGCGAGUCCCUGUUUCGCCCCUGGAGGAAUGUCGACGGAGCCCCUAAAGUUUCCGAAUUUGGUGACAGGGUUUGAGCGUAAUCCGGGGCAUGCUGCCAGGGCCGCACUCUACACCAGAUAUACGCCCUACGAAUGGGCCCAGGCCAGUAUGGGAAUAUUUAACGAAUCAGAUACGAAUCGGAAUUAUUCGGAGAGGCUGAGGUGCGAUGCUGUCAGGGUUAUGAGACAAACGGAUGAAAAAACCAUGCAAGGGCAAAGGGAUGCUGGUAGAAGAAUUGGAGAGCGGAUAACAGAUACCACAUUUUGGAGAAACGAGGUCAGUACAGAAUUGGACAGAUUAGUGUCAGAAACAGCCUUGUUUGCAGACACCAGAAGACUUUUGGCAAAAACCUUGCAGGAUUUGGAGGGUCCUUUGCAUAUUGCACAGGAAUGCUUGUACCAGAGGGAGAGCAGAAUGGGUAUCGAUUUGGUCCACGACGAAGUUGAACAAGCUCUCCUGAAAGAAGUCGAAGGUUUAAGAAGCUGGAAGGAAAAAAUCGGUUCUAUUGAUGCCAAAGUUUUGGCACAGUUGACCAACAACAGGGCAUCACAGAACGAGUUGGAAAAAGAUUUGAGGUUCAAAGAAUCCGCAUUGGGCAUCGACGGAAUGUGUCAUCAACUAAAUAAUAACUCUAGAGGAAUAACAUACUAUGGAGGCAUCGAAAGAUACGAUCCGGCUGUGACGACUACAGAAUCCUGGGCCGAGUACAGCAGUCACGUGGUGCAGAAAUCGCAGGCCGAAAGGGCCAAAUCCCAACAAUUGCGUUCGGACACCGACAGUUUGAUUAAUAUGUGCGCCCAACAGGUUUGGGACGCCUGGAGUUUCACAAAUAAUGCACUGGCCAGAAGGGCCGCCGAAAGUUUGGAGACCAAGAACAAAUUGCAGUUGCACUUGCACAAGACUCAGCAAGAGAUAUUCGAUUGCGAAAAGCACAUUGAGCUUUUGAGAAAAGCGAUUUUGGACAAAGAGGCGCCCAUGAAGGUAGCCCAGACGCGUUUGGAGGCACGAGCGCAUCGGCCUAAUUUGGAAUUGUGCAAGGACCAGGCACAAGAGAGAUUGGUGCAAGAAGUCUUCGACAUGCAAACCUCAAUCGACCAGCUUCACAGAAAACUCCAGGAAACUGAAGCCCAGCACCAGCAAUUGCUCAGAACACGAUCUAACCUAGAAACUGAUCUUCAGUGCAAGGUCAACACCUUGUUUAUUGAUCGUGAAAAGUGUAUGGGGAUGAGACGAGCUUUUCCCAUAACUGCCACGAUUAAAUAUUAG